UAGCUAGAACUAACUGUAAGUAGAAGGCGGCCCUAUCCCACAUCAUCCAUCUGCGCUCACAGCGGGGAUUCGACAUGGAGCAUAGGAGGCAAGGGUAGCACUAGCAGCACGCUCAAAUAAGGAAGGAAUCUGCCUGUCCACUCAGCACCUGCAGGUCCACCCUCACACUACUCGCCCUCGGUGACUCUUGUCUUGACUGUCACACGCGAAGCAGUUGACAUGUCGGUCGACUGUCCGCCAUUCCAGAAGAGCGGGUAGACCAGGCGCUCCAAAAUAAUUGUAGGCUUGCAGCGAACGGACGUUUCAGUCAAAGUCAGGGUUUUUGGCCACGCUGUUUGCAACAGGUUACUUAGACUUAGGGAUCGAUAGUCACGGGUCAGGUCAUAGCCUACACUCUACAAAGGCAUAGGCCAGCUUUACUUCUUUCUUACAUCGUUAACUUUACGUAACGUCGUUGCCUGCUUCGAUCGAUGUAGUAUUAUCCAGACACUGAGGCUGAGGCAUAAGAUUGAAGAAUCGUAUCGGUGUAGACCUAUGAGGGUCACGGUGUGUGGUGAAGGCUGAAGGAAACAGCCCCACGGAGUGCCCGCAGUCACUGGUGCUAAGGUGGUAAGCGAACGAGGCUGCUGCUGUAUCGACUCGUCCCAUUGCAAGUGGACGUGUGCCUGACGGUGCCGUGCCGGCCAUUUGCCACUCAACUGGCAAGAAUCUCGGACGCGCUCGGCGGCUGAAGGAGUCAGCACGUGGUCGCUAUGCCACAGUCGGUGUCGUUCAAGCUCUCGGACUUCGUGGCCAAGAACGAGUUGCCAUGCACGGUGACUGUGACCCGUGGCUACAGCCACGGCUCAGCCGACGAAGAGGAGUCGAUAAGCAACGGAGAGGUGAUCACGCUGCACACCGUUAGAGAUUUGCAGGUAAUUCGUGCAACAGAUCACCUGGACCGCGACGUCACCCUACCCGCAGUUCAUGGUGACAGCAAGUUUGAACUGUUGCCUGAAAACCCUCGCCUAGACAAAGUGAUUUACGACACAUUCCUGGACAUGAUUGUCGACCCCAACAUGCCUCAAAAGGUACGAGUUACAGCGGCUGUGGAUAGCGGUGACGAUGACACAAUCUACGAGGAUGACAUCUUGGAAAUGCUCACCGUGGCGGGGAAUUCCCAGUCUGGCAGCGGUGACAAACGCUGCAUCGUGCUGAAGAAUCAAUUCGGCGAGAAACUCACACUGCCGCUGUCCACGCCGGGAAAGUUCAGCACACACAUCGACACUAAGCGCUAUAGCAUGCUGGAGGUCCUGGACAAGUUCAAACUUCCCGUGCGCGUUCUGCAGGUGAAUACCGUGCCGGGUCAGAGCAAGUCGUCCGGUCACAACAAGUUCAGACUGGACAAGCGACAGGUCGAGACUAGCGUCCUAGCCACAGUGAACAAAGAGCUUAUUUACCUACCACUGGAAUGUGAUAUCGAGGUGUGUCUUCUCGCAUCACCUACCGUUACAAAUGUACCUCCGCCAGAGAUAUCGAUAACGACCGAUGAUGAACCAGCACCGGAGCCAAUCGCCACCGCUGAUGAUUCAGCUGGCGGCGAAGGACAGCUCGCAGGGUCAGCGCUGACCAUGAGCAUUAGUGCGCCGGAGGGUUGGAAUAGUGCGAGCAGCUCCGCAAGAUCUAGCGACGUGUUUGAUGACAGUACAACGCUCAGCACGAUGGCACUGCUCAGCGAGCGAGACAAGGAGCGCAUUCGAGUUGGCUCCAUCCGCCGCUUUGGCAGCCAGUCGAACUUGAGGGAAGAAGCAUCGUCACCGGAGAUGGACGAGGACGUCAGCAGACAGCCACAGAGAGCGCUGGAGCUGAUAGAGCAACUGCAGGAGAAGACCGCUGAGGCCAUUCGCCUCCAGGAGUGGUGCAACAAGUGGCAGGCCAAGUGCCAGCGGCUGGAAGCGCAGACGCAGCACAUUCGCAAGUCCAUGGACGAAUCGGAGCGGCGCGCGCUAUUCUGGCGCCACCAGGUCCAGGCCAAGAUGCCGGUGACUGAGAGUAUACUGCGAGAUAUGGACCAGUACCAGAAGACAGGGGACCGCAAGCACAUGGGCAGACUGCCGAGCUGGAGUGAUGACAAGUUCACCUACACCUCGGCACUGAGUGCGCUGACAAACGCCAACACUACUGCACCGACACCGACGCAGACAGCACCAGUACAGCAGCCGCAGCAGAAGCAGGAGGACAUGGACGCCACAGGACUGAGCAUCCAGCAAAUCCAGGCGCUGCUCAAAGCACUGAACAUGGCAGAGUACUGUCAGGUAUUUCUGGACGAACAGAUCGACGGAGGUCUUCUGCUGGAUUUGCCCGAGGACUCCCUCAAGACCGAUUUGGCCAUAACAAGCCUCUUACAUCGCAAGAAGCUGCUCCGUGCAUUGAAGGGCCUCGGCCCAGCUUCUCUAAGAGAGCUCGUAUCAAGUUGAUCACAACCUGUACUCGAGUGAUUGAUGAAGAGCUGAGAUGGUUUGAACAUUCGGGCCAGAGCUAUCUGACACCAAUAUGUAAUGACAGAAAGUCAGGAUCUCAAGUGUGGCGUGCCCAUCCGUUGCUAUGCAAGACGUGGUCUUGCGAUCACCGCAGCAAUUGAGCACAGACACCGAGGCCAGGCAAUGUGCCAACAGCCAGAUGAACGCAGAGACUACUUCGCGGGGAAACACGAGAAACAACACAGGUUGCUUCGAUCAGUUACAUCAUGCAGUGAGUGCAGGUCACCCCACACUGCAUGGAGAGCAUUAUCAUUCCGAGAGAUGAACGAAAUAAGCUGCUUGACUGGUACGUUCACCUCUACUUCCAGCAAAAUUACAAACAUUCAUCAGAUACUUUCCUUCUCAGCAGUUUCUUACUUGAAAGAAUGACUCGCUAUUUUCAUUAAAAACGUGUGGUAGAAGUGUUCCA